UCUCAUUUGCGAAAAAUGCAUACGUAUCGUUUUAGAAGAACUUGUUGGUAGAGUUAUUAACUACUGCGUAUUGAUUAAAAACUUUCACUCAACAAAUAAUGGAAAAACUUAAGAAAGUCUUGAAUGGAAAAGAAGAAGAGGAGGAUGAGCAGGGUAUCGUGACACAGAUUUAUGAGGGGUCUUCGUUGAGCUGGUCUACGAGACUAAAGGGGUUCGUCAUCUGCUUUGUGCUUGGAUGUCUCCUGUCUGUAUUGUCCACUGUAGCAUUGAUAUUCCCAACAGCCAGUAACAUCAAGUUAUUUGCUGUACUCUACUCAUUUGGUAAUCUCACAGCAAUGUCAGGCACCAUGUUCUUGAUGGGCCCCGUCAAACAGCUUAAAAAUAUGUUUAAGGAGAAGCGUUUGAUUGCAACCUGUCUGGUCCUUGUAUUCCUGGCAUUGACCUUAUGUGCAGCAUUAUGGUGGGGGAUAGCUAUUUUGGCAAUAGUGUUUUGUGUCCUACAGUUUCUGGCGUUGAUAUGGUAUUCAUUGUCGUAUAUCCCGUAUGCGAGGGACGCAGUGACUAAAUGUUGUCGUGGAUGCUUGGAUGUCUAAAGAACCCGCCCUAAUCUAGGACCUGAGUUACCAUCAUGCCUUCAGACCAUAGCUCUAUCCAAAAUAUGAAAUAGAAAAAAUGACCAACUUUGCUGUAAAUUACAAAAUAUGGUGUCUAAAGCUGUGUUCCAAUUGAACCUUUUUCUUCCGCGGCCAUGUGUAAAGUACUAUGACUGGCUUUGGUGUCAUUCUACCAUGCGUUCCCACCUGGACUUAUAGUCCCGGCGUUUGCAUAGCGUUUUACAGGGUGGUCAUUCUAGGUUUACAGUGCGGAGCCGCUCCCAAUUGUACUUUUAGCAGCCCUGUUGUUUAGUUACCGUGGCUGCAUGGAAGUCUUCUUCAAACUCAGUAAGUGGACAGGGAGGGCAUUUUACCUUACGUACCCAUUCAAUUUAAAUUUGUUAUUCCACAGAAAAGUCAUUGCAUUUCAACCAAAAAAAGGUUUAUAGGGAACACAGCUCAAAUUACUUUGUAAAUGGAUGGCCGGUGUUAUCCUUACAUGGCUAAUGCUAAGGUUUAGACCAGCUGUGUUGCUACUGUAUUAUAUUAUAAAUCCUUGUACAAAGUUAUAUAUUACUUUAAGUUAAGUGGUCUGUAUUUUGUCUGCACUGCUGCUGGUGUAGAUGGUUUAUGUAUGUUUGCCUUGAAGGUUUUGGUAAUGAAUUGGUUUUAACGCAAUAACAAAAUGGUUCUAUUUAGGAUUUUCUUUAUUGAAGAGGUUUAAAAGAAAUGUUUUUGCCUUUUGUCAUUUUAUAGUUAAGAGGAGGAUGACAGUUUUGAAGUCGAAAGAAAGAGGAAUUCCUUAAAUGUGGAGGUCAUAAUAUGUUCUUUUUUUCAUGUUUCCGUUUAAAUUGUAGUACCUUGUAUAGACAUUUGCAUAGAAACUAUCUAUGAAGAUAGUAAAAUUCAAUUUGAACAAAUUUGUUGUUUUCCUAGAUAGCUCAGAAUAGAUUGAAUCAAAUGUACUUUUGAUAGUGACCAAUGAAAUUUUAGUUGACAUAGCUGAAAGAUGUGCCAUAAAACUCACUCUCCAUUACUCACCGUCCUUUGGCUGAAAUAAGGCUAAAUACUUUUGCAGAAGCAAGAGUUUGUUUUGUACACUGGAAUGCAUCAGCACUCCGCACAUGUUUUGCUGGUUGGUAGCUUUCAGGAGACUUUAAAAAAGAAAUGCUUCGUUAUUUUACUGUGAUUUUGUUAUACUACAGUGUUUUACCUGUUGAAACAAAAACUUUAUGAACUCUGCCUUAUCCCAUUGAAUUGUUUUUGUAAAGUCAAUCCAUCUAUAAAGGUUAAUAAUGAGAAAGACCAUGCAAACAGAACAUGGGAUUCAGAAGAAAAAAUACUUCAUGGCACCAUAUGAUUUGUAUAAACUUUUGUAUGAAAAAGGGGAAAUAUCUCUCGGUAAACUUAUUCAGUUGCAACUUUUUUACAGUUCUUUUUUUUAUUUAGUAAAAACAAUUGAAACUGUUUUCAGUUUUAACUGUUUACCAGUGUAGUAUCUUGCCUGCCAGAAAAUGCAUAGGAAUGCAGAUGCACAAGGUUUGUCAACAAUGUGACUGACAUGGUAGUUACCUUGGCAUGUAGUUGUUGAUAACAUUUUCAGGUUAGACAAUUUGGUUUGAGUUCAUGGACUCUAGAAUUAAUUUGCAUGCAGGGGCAUGUGUAGAACUUCAUAUUUAGCUUAUAAAGUCAAUGUAAAUAUUUUGAGUGUCACAGAGGCCAAGCCUAUAGGCAACAGAGGCUUUGGUUUAAUUACAGGUUGCCCAGGAAAUCCAGAACAAUUUAGUGAUAAU